CUCCAAAGAUGCAUAGAAGAUAAAAAGAACAGAAGAGCCAGUUCAGUGUUCAGUCUUUUGUUUUCGAAUCACCUUCAACCAAAGGCCUGGUUCUUUUCCUGAUACCUGCCAAUAUAUCAAGUAUUAGUUACUUUGUCGUUUUUCUCAACGCACAUAUCUCAACUCAAACAAAAUGGCGUUCAACAAAGUCGUCUCGGCUCUGGCAUUCGGCCUGCCUGCUGUACAAGCUGUAGUUCCAUCGAUUCCCGGCUUCACUUUAACCUGGAGCGAUGACUUCGUUGGCUCCCCCAACAGUCUACCCAACACUGCCAACUGGAUCUUCGAUGCCGGCACCUCCUAUCCCGGGGGCACCGCCAACUGGGGCACCGGAGAAAUUCAAGCCUACACGAGCAGUACCAACAACAUCCGUCUGGACGGCAACGGCAAUCUGCAGAUCACAGCCAUCAAGGAUGGAUCCGGGGCAUGGACGUCCGCCCGCAUCGAAACCCAGCGCGGUGACUUCAUGGCUCAGGCCGGCGGCAAGAUGCGUAUCCAGGCCAGUCUCAACCUGCCCAAUGUUGGCCAAAACGGCAUCGGCUAUUGGCCUGCCUUCUGGUCCCUCGGCACUGCCUACAGAGGCAACUACUGGAAUUGGCCCGGUAUCGGCGAGUGGGACAUCAUGGAAAACGUCAAUGGGAUAAACCGUGUCUGGGGUACUAUGCACUGCGGCGUCACUCCCAACGGGCCCUGCAGGGAGACGGACGGCCUUUCUGACCACCGCGAUUGCCCCAACAGCCCUUGCCAGGGGAACUUCCACACCUACACCCUCGAGGUCGACCGUACUCAGGCGCUCGAGGCUGUGCGGUGGUUCGUCGAUGGCAUCAUUUACUGGCAAAUCGUCGAGACCGACCUCCCCGCCGACGUCUGGGCUCAGGCCGUUCGCUCGCCUCACUUCGUUCUGCUCAAUCUUGCCAUCGGUGGCAGUUUUCCCAACGCCGUCUAUGGCGGCAAUACUCCCCUCGCGAGCACCGUCUCCGGUGGUACAUUCCAGGCUGAAUAUGUUGCUGUCUACAACAGUUAGAUUUGUGGAUGGCACCGUUUGUGAUUACUUGGAGAUGCAUUGUUUAAAGGAUACCCCAUGUCUCUUUUGCUCGGCACCUUUAUGUUUGAGUCUCAUUCUCUUGCACAUAUUUUACUGUUCUGCACAUACUUCAUCAUUACAUACUGUAUUCAUAUAUUCAUGGUCAAGGUUAGGG